UGUAUGUUAACAUAUUUUGAUGAUGUAGGUGUGGGAAUCCUGUUCAGAGGCAAUGAUUACGUUUGAUAAUGAGGACCAAGAAAAUCUGGUGGCACACAUUGUGGAAAAUGAUGUUAUUUUACACUCCAUCAAGGAACAAGUGCUGCAAAACAUUGAGGUGGAAUACAGCACCAAGGUAGAGGGAUACAAGCUUCCCUCUGACCUCUCUUCCCGAGUGACAGUCUCGCUCCAGGAUGGUAGAACAUUGUCAACAGAUCUUUUGAUUGGAGCUGAUGGAGCCAAGUCCCUGGUGCGUAAGACUAUGGGUGUGCAAUAUGUGGGCUGGGAAUAUGACCAGAUGGGAAUAGUGGCAACACUACAGCUCUCAGAGGCAGCUGACAACACUGUGGCCUGGCAGAGGUUCCUUCCUACUGGUCCUGUCGCCCUUCUGCCACUCUCAGAAGACAGAAGUUCGCUGGUAUGGUCAACAACAAAAGAAAAUGCAAAAAAAUUGCUAAAGCUCUCUGAUGAAGACUUCACGGAUGCUCUUAACAGAGCAAUAUGGGAUAACAGUACUAGUGAUGAGAUGGUCCAGUCCAUACAUGAGGGUUGGGUGAAGUUACUGGAUACCUUCCUGCCUAGUAGUGGUGCUGACAUCCGCCAGCUUCCGCCUAGUGUGAGUGCCAUUGUCCCCAACUCCAGAGGAGCUUUUCCUUUGGGUCUUGGUCAUGCAGUCCACUAUGUGGCACCUAGGGUAGCUCUUAUUGGGGAUGCUGCCCAUCGAGUUCAUCCCCUGGCUGGGCAAGGAGUCAAUCUUGGGUUUGGUGAUGUAGCAUCUCUUUUGGACACACUGGAGAAUGCUGUCCUUCUUGGUGCUGAUAUUGGGGAGGAAGAGAUUCUUCACAAGUAUGAAAGUGAACGACAGAAACACAAUGUGAUGACAAUGGCAUCUAUUGACGGACUUUACCGCCUUUACAGUACCAGUGCUCUCCCCUUUGUUCUUCUCAGAGCCCUAGGGCUUUCCACUGUUAACGUCAUCACACCUUUGAAGAGACAAAUUAUACGACAUGCAGAAGGUUAAAGGCUUUUCCCAAGAGAAUGGUACAGCAUUUGUUUUGUACUUACAUUAUGUAUAUGAAGAAAUGGUGAAAUAAAUUGUUAAUAUCAGAUAUAAUUUGCAAGUUAGUGCCUUAUAAAGCUACUGCAUGCUGGCUUGUAUUAUAAACAGCUGAUCCAGUCAUUCCUAACAUGUGCAAGUAAGUAAUUAUCACAAGAAGGCACCAAGCUGGGAAGACUGUGUUGCUAACCUGUCACCACAAUAAACAGGUUAUAUUUUAAUCAUUUUCUAUCUUAUCCAGACUAUAUUAGCAUCAUUUCUCUGGUAAAAAUACAUAUUUCAACAAAUAUUUAAGUACAAAGUUACCAUAACACUAAUAAAUCCAUUAUUCAAUAAAUCAAAUACUGUAGAACAAAGCAAAGUGAACAUUUUCUGCAUGUGAGUGUAACAUGAGAGGAAAAUUCCAGUUUUAUGGCAUUGUAUGUUGGGAUAGAUCUCCUUAUAACUCGAGACAAAGCAAUUUAACAAGUAUAAUGACAUGACUUCCCAUUAUCAGGGACAGGAGGUCUUGACUUUGGUUUAUUGCAGUAACCCUUUGGCCAACAACUGACCAUCCUCAGGAUGCAUUCCACAAUAGUUGACUAAAAUUCAAGUAACUGUUUACUACUAGGUGAAUGAAAUGAGGCAUCGCACGUUAGAAAAUGUGCCCAAAUGUCUUUCUAUGUUUUCCAAUCAAACUCUGCUCCAAUUGCUUUUAUAUGACACCACUUGCCAUGCUGGAUCCUAAUAAUUGAUUUAUUAAUUAUGUAUUUCAUUUAUGUGCCUUGUAUUUUUAUAUAUGCUGUUUACCAGAGUACAGAUACAAAAAUUGAAUAAGCUUUAACACAUUCACCCACCCUGUAUUGACAAUGUCAUUUAAAUUUUGAAUCAUUGCUUGAGAAAGAAUAUAAAAUGCUUUAAAUAAAAAAACUAAUAUAAUCUGGCAUGGCAUGAACAAAUUUAAUAUACAGACAAAUUGGAAAAUAUAAAUAUAACUUGAGACUAUCCUUGUAUCAGACUACAUCUGAUCACUUGGUCACUGGUGAGAAGGAUCAGAACAGUAAAUAUCACUUAACAGGUGUUGAUGAACUAUGUAAAUAUCACUUAACUAUGUUGAUGAGCUGGCAGUGAUCAGCUAUAAGAGGAAAUGUGCACAGGCAAGCUGUCAUAACAAUAAUAGAAACUGAAGGAGUAUUGGCCCAUACAAGGCAGCAACUGUUGAUAUUCACCCAAACUUAUUAAUGUGUAAGCAUAUCAAUUCUAAGGACAUUACACAUCACGUUUCAAUAUGACUUGUUAAGGCAACUAAGAACAAGGUGAUGCUACUUAGUCUUCCCAGCUUUGUCUUCUUUUAAUAAUUACUUACAUACCAACAAGCUGAAAUAUUUAACAAGUGUAGCCAAGUUGUGAAAUACUUUUCAAAGUAUAUGAAUUAGUGUACUCUAUUGAUUGCAUGAAAAUCAUUUGCAAAGUGUUUAACUGAGCAGACUUCAGUAGUACCAAUUAAGGGUUAAGGAUCCAGUUGAUUAUGUGGUUUAUGAGUGACUGGAAAACGGCAUUAAAUACAUCAAGUAUCUGAUAUUCUUAAAGAGACCAGGGAUAAGGAGUGUCUAAAUUUUGUAACCAUUCCUCCAGUUUUGGUAGUACUGUACUUAUAGUAACGAUGAGGACCAUAGUAUAAAUACCGACGUACAAUGAAAUUAGAACCUAGAAAUCUGAACUAUUGAGUUGGACAAACCAGAAAACUAUUUUUUACUUGCGUUGCUUUGACAAAGUAAACUAAUGUAACCUAACCUAACCUUUCUAGGCCUAAUACAUGAUAUCCGAGGCCAAAUAUAGUACGUGUGUGCUAUAUUAGGCCUAGGAAUAUUUAAGUUUGUUUUUUAGCUUCAUUUAUUUUAAAAGAAUUCCUUACUAGUCAGUAUACUACUAUCUAAAAGCGAAGUAUGUACGAAUUCAUGACUACUGACGAACAUCACAAUAGGUACUAUCUAAAGAGGAGGAUGGGUUGAAAAAAUAGUCUGAGAAAUUUUCUAGGUUGUGAUUCAAAGGCAAUGGCAGUGUUGAGGAGUAGCCCCUAUCACACAGAUAAGGGUCCUCGCUGGACGAGCAAUGUUAAGUUGUGGUGACCUAUUACAGUGACAUCUAAAAAUUAAAUACUUAAUUUUUGGUGAAAGAGAUUAGGUAGAGGUCAGUUACCUUACAAUCAAUGCUCCUUUUUCCUGUUGUCCAUAGACUAGGGAAAAAAUCCUGGAUCUCCAACAGGUGUGGAUCUUUUGAGGUGUUGAACACAACAGUCACUUAAAAAAUAAAUUUUACAGAUUUAACUAUUGUUCUUAUGAAAUCUGUUGAUUAUUACAAUGUAGUGGAAAACUUAGCAAUUUAUUUACUUGAACAAAGAAGAAAAUAAUUCACCAUUUUUCCUGUCUUAAAAUGCAUACACUUGUAAAUCAUUUAGAUGAACAAAACAAACUGUUUAUUUACUUUGCAAUCUCAUUAAUUAAAUCAUUAUAUGAUUGUAUGACAUUAGGCAUUAAAUGACAGUAAACAUACAA